AUGGAUGGAUGCAAACCCGAAUCAGCACCCGUAGAAGCGCUGUCAACGAGCCCCAGGGGGCGUCAGAAUCCAUUCAACGGUAGGAAUGCGCAUCUGCGACUUGGGGCUCACGGCUGUGCCAAAAGUGAGUGUGGAUACGCCAUCGAAUCAUUCCCGCCGAAAGGGGACCUGGAUGGAGUAACCAACGUGUUUCACAGA